AUGGCGUCGGUGGAAGUUGAGCGUGCCAAGUUGGAAUCCAACUUACGUAAUUUAAAAUUAUCUGGCCAUGUUGGAUUCGACAGUCUUCCAGAUCAGUUGGUAAAUAAAUCUGUGCAAAAUGGAUUUCUUUUUAACAUCCUCUGUAUUGGUGAAACUGGACUUGGAAAGUCUACACUUAUGGAUUCCUUAUUUAAUACAAGCUUUGAGUCCACACCAAGUCCUCAUAAUCUUCCAUCUGUGAAGCUCAAAGCUCACACGUAUGAAUUACAAGAAAGCAAUGUUAGACUAAAGUUGACCAUUGUUGAUACUGUUGGAUAUGGAGAUCAGAUUAAUAAGGAGGAUAGCUUUAAGGCUGUUGUUGAUUAUAUAGACGCCCAGUUUGAGGCUUAUUUGCAGGAAGAACUAAAAAUAAAACGUUCUCUAGCAACUUAUCAUGAUAGUCGUACUCAUGUUUGCCUGUAUUUUAUUUGUCCUACUGGUCAUGGGUUGAAGUCUAUUGAUCUUGUAUGUAUGAAAAAACUUGACACAAAAGUGAACAUUAUUCCAAUCAUUGCUAAAGCUGACACAAUAUCAAAGACAGAAUUACAGAAGUUUAAAAGCAAAAUUAUAUCUGAGCUGCAAAAUAAUGGAGUUCACAUUUAUCAGUUCCCUACUGAUGAUGAAAGUGUAGCAGAAGUAAAUUCUAGUAUGAAUGCCCAUGUACCUUUUGCUGUAGUUGGCAGUACCGAUUUUGUUCGUGUUGGAAACAAAAUGAUGCGUUCUAGACAAUAUCCAUGGGGAACAGUGCAAGUGGAAAAUGAAUCCCAUUGCGAUUUCGUAAAAUUGCGUGAAAUGUUAAUAAGGACAAAUAUGGAGGAUAUGAGAGAAAAAACUCAUUGUCGUCAUUAUGAACUUUACCGCAAAAAGCGACUAGAACAGAUGGGCUUUAGCGACGUGGAUAGUGAAAAUAAACCAGUUAGUUUCCAGCAAACCUGUGAAGCGAAGAGAUCCAUCCUAUUGCAGGAGCUCCAACAGAAGGAGGAUGAAAUGAGACAGAUGUUUGUAGUAAGAGUGAAGGAAAAGGAGGCGCAGUUGAAAGAAGUAGAAAAAGAGCUACACGUUAAAUUCGAUAAACUGAAGAAAGAUCAUACAGAAGAAAAGAAAAAGGUUGAGGAAAGUAGAAAGAAACUCGAGGACGAUAUCCUCGAACUGAAUAGACGAAAAAUGCAGUUUGCUCAGCAACCUCAGCAUCACACGCUAACGUUAGGGAAAAGCAAGAAAAAAUAAAGUAUUACACAAUCGUUGAAUACGUCUUGCAAUAAAUAAACAAGACGUGACAUACAUUCUAACUCUAUAACGUA